CUGACGGUGCGGCUCCUCGCUUUCUUUCAGGCUGCGAGUGUUAGCCGCUGUCUGCUGUACUGUAGCUAGCUACGUACACUGGUACACUGAAAACUCCCCCGAAAAUAUGUGUACCUUUCGAUUUUAGUUUUCCUACCUCCAAACUUUAUUACACGCUUGGUCGAUCGGUGACAUACACCUACCACUAGUUCCCUGUUUUUAAGGAUUGCAGGUAAAAAGAGUUACGGGGGAAAUAAUUAAGAGGUACCGAAUGAAAUGGGAGAAAAGUAGCUAGUGAGCAGUACAUUUACCUAGUGAAGUUGGAGGAUAUUUCCUUGUGGAACUUAGCUAGCUAGCCAGCAUACGCGGUGGCGACCACGCACCAGCAUACUUUCUUUGGUCUAGAGUGGGCCCACCCUUCAUAGAGACCUCAUCAGUUGAGGUGGGCUAAGAUGAGUAUAACCAGUGAUGAAGUCAACUUCUUGGUUUACCGAUAUCUCCAGGAAUCUGGUUUCUCCCACUCGGCUUUCACCUUCGGCAUCGAGAGCCACAUCAGCCAGUCUAACAUCAAUGGAACGCUAGUGCCCCCUGCUGCCCUCAUCUCCAUCCUGCAGAAGGGCCUCCAGUACGUGGAGGCGGAGAUCAGCAUCAAUGAGGAUGGCACGGUCUUCGACGGGCGGCCGAUCGAGUCCCUGUCACUCAUUGACGCGGUGAUGCCGGAUGUGGUGCAAACGCGUCAGCAGGCUUUCCGGGAGAAGCUAGCACAGCAGCAACAGCAGCAGCAGCAGCAGCAGCAGCAGCAGCAGCAGCAGCAGCAACAGGCCGUCGGCGCCAUGGCGACCGUACAGCCGAACGCGCCGAAGAACGGGGAGACCACCAUGAACGGGGACGAGAACGGGGCGCACACGAUGAAUAACCACGCGGAGAUCGCCAUGGAGAUUGACGGGCAGAUGGAGAUCCCUGCCAACAAGGCGACCGUGCUGAGGGGCCACGAAUCCGAGGUCUUCAUCUGCGCCUGGAACCCUGUCAGCGAUCUCCUGGCAUCGGGCUCGGGUGACUCUACUGCACGGAUCUGGAACCUGAACGAGAGUGGGAACAAUGGUUCCACCCAGCUGGUUCUCAGACACUGCAUUAGAGAGGGUGGGCAGGAUGUCCCCAGCAACAAGGAUGUUACCUCCCUGGACUGGAACAGUGAUGGGACACUCCUAGCAACAGGAUCAUAUGACGGCUUUGCGAGGAUAUGGACUAAAGAUGGUAAUCUGGCGAGCACAUUAGGGCAGCAUAAAGGUCCUAUAUUUGCACUGAAGUGGAAUAAGAAAGGAAACUCCAUCCUGAGCGCAGGGGUGGACAAGACGACAAUCAUCUGGGACGCACACACAGGUGAAGCCAAGCAGCAGUUCCCCUUCCAUUCAGCGCCCGCCCUGGACGUUGACUGGCAGAACAACACCACCUUUGCCUCCUGCAGCACGGACAUGUGCAUCCACGUGUGCCGGCUGGGCAGCGACCGGCCUCUCAAGACCUUCCAGGGACAUACGAACGAGGUCAACGCCAUCAAGUGGGACCCCUCGGGGAUGCUGCUGGCCUCCUGCUCUGAUGACAUGACCCUAAAGAUCUGGAGUAUGAAGCAGGACUCGUGCGUGCACGACCUCCAGGCUCACAGCAAAGAGAUUUACACAAUCAAGUGGAGCCCCACCGGGCCUGGCACCAGCAACCCCAACUCCAACAUCAUGCUCGCCAGCGCCUCCUUUGACUCGACGGUGAGGCUGUGGGACGUGGACAGAGGCGUCUGCAUCCACACGCUGACCAAACACCAGGAGCCCGUCUACAGCGUGGCCUUCAGCCCCGACGGGAAGUACCUGGCCAGCGGCUCCUUCGACAAGUGCGUCCACAUCUGGAACACCGCGAGUGGAGCCUUAGUGCACAGCUACAGAGGGACCGGGGGCAUCUUCGAGGUGUGCUGGAACAGCACAGGGGACAAAGUGGGGGCCAGUGCAUCUGAUGGAUCGGUCUGUGUUCUGGACCUUCGAAAAUAAAGUCCGAGCACGGAUUUUGAAGAUGGACCGUGGAAUGUUUGGCGAAACGCUGUCUGUUGUGCCGGUUUCAAACACUGCUGUUUUGAAAUCAAAAUCGCACAACAACCAGCAACCAGGUUCCCCUCGGCAACACAGAAAUGGCCACCCACCUGUCGGGGGGGGGCGGGGGG